GAGCUCUGCAGGACAGGGCCUCCCGUACCCUGGAUUCACGCCCGUGGCACUCCGGUACCUCACACAGGAAACAAGACCGAGGAGUUGGUGCCUCAAGCUGAUCACGAAUCCAUGGUUCGAGAGAAUAUCAAUGCUGGUAAUCCUACUGAACUGCGUGACCUUGGGAAUGUACCAACCCUGCGUCGACGAUCAAUGUGUCACGAACAGAUGCAAAAUAUUACAGGUUUUUGAUGACAUCAUCUUCGCUUUUUUCACAUUGGAGAUGACGAUCAAAAUGGUGGCAAUGGGAGUUUACGGCCAUGGUACUUACUUAGCAGAUUCGUGGAAUAGACUCGAUUUUUUCAUUGUAAUGGCAGGGGCAUUGGAGUAUGCACUUAAUGUAGAAAAUAUAAACUUAUCAGCCAUAAGAACAAUUCGAGUAUUACGACCUCUACGAGCAAUUAACAGGAUACCAAGUAUGAGAAUCUUGGUGAUGCUUCUUCUUGACACCUUACCAAUGCUUGGAAAUGUUCUUCUUUUAUGUUUCUUCGUGUUCUUUAUAUUUGGCAUUAUCGGAGUUCAACUUUGGGAAGGGAUCCUCAGACAACGUUGUGAACUAGUACUUCCACCACAUGUUUGGAUACCAAACAUUUCCUACCAUUACGAGUUCUCAAAGGAAUUGGACUACAUAUGCACUACUCCAGCGGACAGUGGAAUGCAUACAUGUGGAAACUUCCCUCCAUACCGCUACGGUGCGCUGGUCUGCAACGAAACUGCCAAGCCUUACUCCUACAAUGCCCCAACAAAUACUUCUUGCGUCAAUUGGAACCUCUACUAUACUAACUGCUCACAGAGAGGCCCCAAUCCGUUUCAGGGCACGAUAUCGUUUGACAAUAUCGGCCUUGCUUGGGUCGCUAUAUUUUUGGUAAUAUCCUUGGAAGGAUGGACGGACAUAAUGUAUUACGUACAAGACGCGCAUAGCUUCUGGGAUUGGAUAUACUUUGUCCUGCUCAUUGUUAUCGGUUCGUUCUUCAUGAUCAAUCUCUGCCUCGUCGUCAUCGCGACUCAAUUCAGCGAGACCAAGAAGCGAGAAAUGGAGCGAAUGCGAGCUGAGAGAGCCCGCUUCACUUCGUCUUCGACCCUGGCCUCGUCUACCAACAACAGCGAACCAGCGACCUGCUAUGCAGAGAUUGUGAAGUACGUCGCACAUUUGUGGAGGCGGUUUAAACGGAGAAUGGCUAAGAAGAUCAGGGUAUACCGAUACCAACGGGCUCAACUUCGAUGGCGGACAAGUAGAGAAACAUUGCAAUUGCCAACUAACAAACCGAAGCAGCACCACCCUUGUUGUCCGCGAGUUCAUCCUCAGACGAAUGGGAGAAAGGUGGAUGAGGAGGCCGCGGUAGGGGGGGGAGGCGAGGAGCCCCUCGGCAGGCCGAGCCUGUUGCGCGUACCUUCCCUGUCCGCCGCCGAUCUUGAGAACGCCUCCAAUCUGUCGUUGCUCUCGCCGCCGUCCCUGGCUCGUCGGCGGUCGUCAGUCAUGUUCAGUGACACGGUGCUGCUCCACACACCUAAUUCACCGCACUUGGCGCAUCCGCAUAAUGUAUGCUCGUCAGAGAAAAUGACACAGACAGAAUUCGACCUGCCGACAGGCGACACGGCUGAAGAAAAAGCCGCAGCUGGAGGCACCAUGUCCUGCCAAGAAUUGCUAGCUUUAUCAGGGGCAUUAUCUGCAGCACUACCAACUGGCCAGGUCGCCUUGGAUUCUUUCUUUGAGGAACUAACAAAGGGGAUUAGUAAAAGAGCUGGAGAAGAAAAAAUGGAUACAAAGACAAUAGAAAUAGAAGACUUUUCAUGCUGUGCUGAUCUCAUAGCAGCUGAUGCCGCAGCAAAAGAAACGAGGAAGAAUCGUUUCGCAAACGCAUGGUCGUUGUGUUGGAGAAAAGUAUCAAGAUUGUUUUCUUGGAUGCGUAAGCAUAUCAAAAACAUGGUCAACCACAAAUAUUUUCAGCAAGGUAUUCUACUAGCUAUUCUUAUCAAUACUUUAUCAAUGGGCAUUGAAUAUCAUAACCAACCCGAAGAACUAACAGUGAUAGUAGAAAUCAGUAACGUCGUAUUUUCGGCAAUAUUCGCGGUUGAGAUGUUGCUUAAAAUCAUCGCCGAGGGACCAUUCAAAUACAUUUCCAACGGAUUUAACGUUUUCGACGGAGUUAUUGUGAUAUUGAGUGCAUUUGAGCUGGCCCAAAGUAUGCGGAAUGAUACAACGGAAAUGGCUGGCAGCUCAGGGCUCUCAGUGUUACGCACAUUUCGACUGCUGCGGAUACUAAAAUUAGUCAGAUUCAUGCCAAAUCUGCGAAGACAGUUGUUUGUUAUGCUCAGGACUAUGGACAAUGUGGCCGUCUUCUUCUCUCUACUCGUCCUCUUCAUAUUUAUAUUCAGCAUCCUCGGUAUGAACCUCUUCGGGUGCAAAUUCUGCGAGAAAGAUGAAGAGGGCGACCAAGAGUGCGACAGAAAAAACUUUGAUACUCUAUUGUGGGCCUUUGUCACGGUGUUUCAGGUGUUAACACAGGAGGAUUGGAAUGUUGUGUUGUUCAACGGUAUGGAAAAAACAAGUCACUGGGCCGCGUUAUAUUUUGUGGCGCUCAUGACUUUUGGCAAUUAUGUUCUAUUCAAUCUACUCGUAGCCAUACUCGUUGAGGGAUUCAGUUCUGAGCGAAAUGAACGAAGAGAGCGCGAACAGCGCGAAUUGGCAAAAUCGAAAUUAUCUAAUGAAUGUUUUUCGGACAACAAUGAAUUACAAUACGAUGAAUCAAAUUCUGGGUCACAUUCGAGUGACAGUUUUUCUCAGAACGAAAUAAAAAACUACUGGCGCUCAGCAGACGACGUACGUAAAGCCAAAGACGACGUGAAUGGUCACAAGGAUAAAGCGAAGGCGCGACGUAAAGCGAAAUCCUCAAGCCAUCAUCCCACAUUGUGCAAAGACUGCGCGCAAUCCAAUAAGUGUAACUUACAGAAGGAGUCAAAAAUGUUGGCAAACAAUGCAGGAGCAGAAUCCGCCAUGGUACCGAUGAUUACUCAUACAGCGGCCACUCCGCAAGACUCACCGUCCACCACGUUAGAACCCGGCGCAUCUUUCAGAGAUUUCAACAUGGCGCUAAGCUUAGAGCGAUCUUCCAUGCUUUCCAGUCUAGAUUCUAUAGAUCGAACCUCUUGCACAAGUAUACCUGGUCUUCUAAAGCCACCGAACAGCUACACCCUUACUCUCCAUUCCGCUGCUGCCCAAUUAGGAGCUGAAAAAGCACGUCUUCCACCAAUGUCCUUAGCUCCUCCCCCUUUAACACUAGCCUUUCCACCAAUCAGAACCUCUGGAUCAACAACACCAACCACCCCGAGAUCUAUCCCCAGCCCAAUUAUGCCAGAGAAAAACUUACAUAUCACGAUUAUGAAAGAGGAUAAUUUGAAUACCAGCGAAAAAUCCAGCCUUUUGAGUUCCCAAAAGAGCAUAGCUGUAACUAGCCCAGGUGCCAAUGAAGACAAAUGCAGAGUACAAAGAGGGUACAGUUGGAGGCUCUCCAGGCCCAGUCUGCGAAGGAAACCAAAACACAGGACCGGUUCCGAUUCUGACGCUGUCAUACUGAACAAUGGACGUGAUCAUGCUACUUGUAACGGUUCCGGUCUCCGGAAGAACGAGUUGCUGUUAUCAUCAACGAUAGUGAUAAAGAACGACACCCAGUCAGAACUUCCCAACAAUCGAUCUCGCUCCCAACUACCAGCGCCCCGGGUAUUAGCGCCGCCUGCAGCGAGACGCGUGUCCGCUCAUACUGCACCACUUCUGCCAGAUGUCUCGUGGAAAGCUCCGGAAGCUGGCUUCUCGUCGGAUUCUACUGUUCGCUUGGAUACUGUAAAACCUCCGCCUCAUAGACUUUCCCUCACUAAUGACUACCUCACAGUGACGACAGUAUCUGACGUGAAGGCUAGCAACCUGGUGCCUCCUGCUGGUCAUGUGGCCCAGAUUGCAGCCCGGCCUGCCAGGAACGAGCCGCCAUUACCAGUCAGGCCAAACAACCAAUCACUACCGUUAAUUAAACAGAUCAAUGAAGAGAUAACGAUAAGUAAUAAUAACUCGUGUAUUCUGUCAGGAAGAUUCAACCACAGAAGAUUCAGAUUUAAGGAUCUUUUUCGAUUUAUGGAACCAACAGGGUGUCUUAAGGAAAAAGAAGACUACUCCUUAUACAUAUUUUCUCCACAAAAUAAGAUGCGUAGGUUUUGCACAUGGAUGGUGACCAGGAGUUGGUUCGACAACAUUGUGCUACUUUUCAUAGCCCUGAAUUGCAUAACAUUAGCUAUGGAAAGACCCAACAUCCCACCCGACUCCAAGGAGAGAGCCUUCCUCUCUAGUGCCAAUUACGUUUUCACCGCCGUGUUUGCAGUCGAAAUGUUUAUAAAGGUGAUAGCAUCUGGCAUGUUUUAUGGUCCCGAAGCUUACUUCACUUCAGGAUGGAACAUCAUGGAUGGCUCUCUAGUGAUUAUAUCCAUCAUUGACCUGUUGAUGUCUCUUAUCUCAGAAUCUAGUCCAAGAAUAUUCGGAAUUCUUAGGGUAUUUAGAUUACUACGGUCGCUAAGACCAUUGCGAGUAAUAAACCGGGCUCCAGGGUUGAAACUAGUUGUACAAACUCUUUUGUCCUCAUUGAGACCCAUCGGAAACAUCGUGCUUAUCUGUUGUACAUUUUUCAUCAUAUUUGGUAUUUUAGGAGUGCAGUUGUUCAAAGGAGCGUUUUUCUACUGUGAAGGUGCGAACAUAAAAAACGUGAAGAAUAAGACUGACUGCUUAGCCAUAGAAGGCAAUGUGUGGGUGAACAGAAAAUAUAACUUUGACGAUUUGGGAAAAGCUUUGAUGUCAUUAUUCGUUCUCAGCUCAAGGGACGGUUGGGUCAAUAUAAUGUAUACGGGGUUGGAUGCAGUCGGCGUUGAUCAACAGCCAAUUGUCAACUAUUCGGAAUGGCGCCUUCUUUACUUCAUUGCGUUCAUAUUACUCGUGGGAUUCUUCGUGUUAAACAUGUUUGUAGGUGUCGUUGUAGAAAACUUCCAUCGAUGUAGGGAAGAGCAAGAAAAAGAAGAGAGAGUACGGAGAGCCGCUAAACGUGCUCUUCAAAUGGAGAAGAAAAGACGAAAAAUGCAUCAAAGACCAUAUUACUCCGACUACUCACAAACGCGUCUUUUUGUCCAUAAUGUUGUUACCUCUAAGUAUUUUGAUUUGGCUAUUGCUGGUGUCAUUGGUCUCAACGUAGUCACAAUGGCCAUAGAAUACUAUAGAAUGCCUCCAGCUUUGCAGUAUGCUCUUAAAAUAUUUAAUUAUUUCUUCACUGCAGUCUUCAUACUAGAAGCACUGAUGAAAUUAGUAGCGUUAGGAUUUAAAAUAUAUUUAAAAGACAAAUGGAAUCAACUUGACGUGAUAAUCGUUAUUUUAUCCAUAGUUGGUAUAGUUUUAGAAGAGUUAGAAACAAAUAUAAUUCCUAUCAAUCCAACUAUAAUGAGGGUUAUGAGGGUAUUGAGGAUAGCUAGAGUGUUGAAAUUAUUGAAGAUGGCUAAGGGAAUACGAGCCUUACUGGAUACGGUGAUGCAAGCGUUGCCACAAGUCGGAAAUUUGGGACUGCUAUUUUUUCUACUCUUCUUUAUAUUUGCCGCAUUAGGGGUGGAGCUUUUUGGAAGAUUGGAAUGCUCUGAUGAGAUUCCAUGCCAAGGGCUUGGUGAGCACGCCCAUUUCGCCAACUUUGGUAUGGCAUUCCUCACUCUUUUCCGAGUGGCGACCGGAGACAACUGGAACGGCAUCAUGAAGGACACUCUACGCGAAGACUGCGACAGUUCCGUCGACUGCGUGCGCAACUGUUGCGUGUCCACCGUCAUAGCGCCCAUAUUCUUUGUUGUCUUUGUACUGAUGGCGCAGUUCGUUUUGGUCAACGUUGUGGUUGCUGUAUUAAUGAAACACCUAGAAGAAUCCCAUAAGCAAAUGGAAGAUGAAAUUGAUAUGGACGUUGAAUUAGAACGAGAAUUGGAAAGAGAGGCUGACGAUGAAGAAGACAGAGCUCUUUGCCGCGCUCUUGAGCAGUGCAUGUCGCCACCACGACCCUUGAACAAGGUACCCUCACUCCCCGCCAAUUUCACAUACAGCGAGCCAAAACAACCAGCACCGUCGCCCGCACGUAGACGACGCACCAUGCACUCUCAUCACGCUUUACUGCCUUCAGCAUUACCACCAAGACGAGCCUCAUUAUCUCCUCAUGCAUUUGGACGACGUCGACAGGACUCCAGCUCGGAACCACCAGCAGCACUCUACGAAGAAGACGCUCGAUUUAUCGAUGCAGAUGAUAUUGAUGAACUAGAGCCCGGCAGCCCGCCGCGACGCGACUCCUUCGUCAAUAAUAGAAGACAGCGCGUCGAUAAAAGAAACUCCUUGAGAGGCGAAGAAGCCCGGCUUUUGCGGCCGGCUCCAGUCCUUCUUGCCGUUCCGUCGACUCGGCAAACUAUUCGAAUAAAUUCCAAACGUAGAUCUUCUACGGAAUCGGCAGUCACUAGUGAAGCCAGCUACGGGUCAGCACGAUCUCAGCCGCAGUUGAUGGUCGAGAAGGCUGAUCAACCGAUUAGUGAAGGAGAAAAGAUAAGAAUAGCGAUAGCUGAAAGGCGAAAGAUGGAAGCGACAAAGCCGGAACCAGAUGAGGUGGUAGAACUAUCUGAGCAAGGCUCCUAGUCCAGGCGAGGCCGGCCGCUGCAACACCAUGAAGUGUACAUCUAGAAGUCACCUCAUGUGACCUCUGAAGUACCUUCUCCCUGUCGUCCUCUCGUCUAUCGUAUGUGUGCUCAAAGAUCAAUGAAUGUUUGGACUCGGUUGCGCAACAGUGUUACAGUGACGUUUAAAUGAACUAAUGAUUUCAAUAUACUUUAGAGUGUUGCUAAAUAAUUCAACCGACUGUGUGAUAAGAUUUGGUACUUUAAAAGUGAUUGUUUCCUUGUAUUCUCUUCUAAACCUUUACCGAAUGUUCCUUUUCCAUUGCGGCCGGUUCAAAAAUUUCAUUAAAGAGACUUUAAUUAUUUAAGUAAGAAUAAACUUAGGUAGAUAGGAGUUAGAACUAGUCAAUUGUUGUGGGGAAUGAUUUCUACGAGAGCUAUAAAACACUUCGUAAUUUUACUGGGUAAUUAAUUAGUACGGUGCUUACUGUUAAAAAUUUUAUUUGUUAAAAUUGAUGAAUAUUUGUAUAGAAAGAGUUUUCGAAGAACCUCAACGAAAUAAAGCAAGUGAUAGUUUUUGUUUGUUGUUUAGCUGAAUUGUUAACUGCUCGUGUGUCUGUUUAGUUAUUAGAUUUUAUUUAUACAUCUUAAGAACGGGUUUCAGAUCAUUGAAUCUAAUAGUAAUUAAGAAUUGUAUAAUUCAACGUGAAAAAGCCUACACUGUAAUUUGGUUUCGCAUACUUAUGUUACUAUUUCUACCAGUUCUAGCCAACGAUUAUGUAGCUUAGCCUCGUAGAGAGUUGUUAUUAGCUAGAACUUAUCAAUCUAAUAAGUACAGAACCAACCGUUCGUGAAUUGAAUAUUAACUCUCUAAAGAUGAAAAUAUUUUCUGAAUAUAAAUGGAUCCUAUUUUCUUACAGUCAUGUACGUAAUUUAGACGUGUAACUGGCAAUACGCACAUAAAAUUAGGACGUAGUUUUUGGUAGACAUUGCUGACCGCAGUAUCUUGAACCAUUAACCCAUUACAAAUUGCGGGCAUAAAAAAUAGUGGAUUGGGAAUUAACAUAAGUUUUCUAUGAUUUGUGUGUUUAGCGAUUCAUAUUAGCCGUGCCAAAUCUACGAUUACAAUUUAUAGCAUACUUUUUCUACUAUUUUAAUUGAUCACUUGCGUAGUAGCUUGUCUUAUCUUUCAAACUUUCAGCUUGUUCGAAUAGUUUAAGUGAGGGCCACCGUACAAUUGAUAAUGUAUGCCAAAGUAGCUAAAGUAUAAAGGAAGUUUAGUUUUAACUACUGCUAGACUUAUUUGAGAGCGCGGUGUGACUUGCGGUUCUUGUAAAGAUGAUGGAGACCUAGUUAGGGAAGUCAGCAAUAAAUUUUAUACUUCGACUGUGCCUUUCCUAUUUCUAAUAUAUUAGCUUGUCGAAUUGAUUGGUGAGUAGACUCUGAACUUACAUGUAUACUGUAGGAGUUGAAGGGUAGAUACAUUACCUCUAUAUUAAUUCUUGUUGAGACUCAUUGAGUUUUUGUUGUGAGUCAUGUGAAAAGUUUAAUAUGUAAGAUAAACAAAGAAGGCAAAAUAAUUUACUUUAUCAUUCCGAACAAACUAUCCUAUUAUGUAUUCAAUGAACGAGAUAAAGUUGAAACUUUUAAUGCUGCUUUUGUUACUUUAUAUUAAAUUUAUUCCACUGCAUUUCUAAUGGAUUUUCUGGUAACUAAGUUUGACUUAUCUGUUAAUUCAUCCUUCCAAUAGUUUUGUCUUUGAUUACACGAUGUCUUCCACUUUUACUUGUUUUAUGGAUUUUAAUUGAUGUGGCAUUGAAUUUCUUAUGUAUGGGCAUAAGGUUCUUUUCUUUGAUAACGAUGUUUAAUAAAACAUAUUUAUAACGACUUAAAAGUUCACUCUGAAAGAAUUGAUUCAAUGGAAUUUAGUAAGGAUAAGUAUAGCAUUUUCGUGAUAAACGUAAAUUUCGUGAUAAAAUGAGUAAUUGUUUUUCGAUACUGAAUGUAUGGUAAAUUUUAAGAAGUAUGAACAAUGUUCAUUAGUUGAGUACACCUGUUAAUCUUAGCUGGUGGUCUGUCAAAAGUUACGACAAUGUUAGGUUGAAAAAAUAAAUUCUAAAUUCUAUGUCUGGCUUUUAUUAUUAAUAAAUAACACUUUUCUUACACCUAUGAUGUCAAGAACUCUAUAUCUAUU